CGAGCUUCGAUCGCAAAAUCGACCAGUCAGUGGUUUAAUCUCGGCCUGCUAGAUCGCACCUCAUCUCUCGCGAACCCGUCGUACUUAUCGAGCGCGUAAAGGAAUUUCUGACGUGAGAAUUGUUCAGUGGUGACAGUAAUUGCAUCGAUUAAAACCCAUGUGAAUUUUCCUUCAGCUAGAAGAGUUUUGUUCAGUGCCAAUUGAAAAUAUUAUAAAUUGAUUAUUAAACCGCCAUGGGCACGGCUAUAAACCACGCUGCGGCCAUUAAAAGGCUGGAAGCCCUCUUCACCGAAGUAAAACUGGAGCAAAAGCCCCCGCCUGAGGUUCGCGUGGAGGUGGAGACCAAGCAAAGCACGAAAUGCGACGUGCACGGUAAAAAUGGCCGCAGAGGUUCUGUGGGAAACGUGGUGCACGUGACCAACAAGCGGGACAGCCUUGGCAGCAUCAUAAGCCAAAAGAGGGACUUUCAUAAUUUCGGAUAUUUCGGAGGAGUUGGUGGUAAUGGUGUUCGUCCCAGAAGAGAGUCCAUGCCAGCUUUGAAUGUCUAUAACAAUAAUAGCUAUAAUCAUUAUAGACGUCGCGACUCGCUGGGCAUCCCCAACACCCCUCCAAAAAAAGACCUCGAACACCCCAGCCACUUCGCGGCCUCGCUGCGCAAAGAUACGCUGGGAGCGUCUACUGGGUCCCUGAGACCCUGGGGAGCGCGCAGGGACUCCCUGGGAGGCUCCAAGGACUUUCUGCAAGUCCCUGGUGGGAUGCGAAGAAAUUCCCGAAAUUACUCCACCGAUUCCCUGGACGGCAGGAGGAACUCCUGGGACCCUAGCAGAAGGGGGAGCUCGGGAAGUUCCGUGGGAUGGGAGGAACCUAUUUGGGAGGAAAAAAAGCCCGUUCCAAGGGGUUCCUCAGGCCCGGACUUGGACAAUAGCGACAGCAGUAAUGGGGGAAGGCCGAAAUUCGUGGCGGUUACCACUCUGGAAGACGUGCAGGCGGUUAGGUGUGCGGAAUUCCACCCGGGCGGGCAACUGUACGCAGUCGGGUCUAACUCAAAGACCCUUCGCAUAUGCUCGUAUCCAAAGCUUGCCGACCUCAGGGAGGACCACCAAACGUACCAGCCGACGGUGCUCUUCAAGCGCACCAAGCACCACAAGGGCUCCAUCUACUGCCUGGCGUGGUCGCCGAUGGGCGACCUGAUGGCCACCGGCUCCAACGACAAGACCGUCAAGAUGAUGCGCUUCAACGCGGACACUUCGAAUCUGGAGGGCGAGGAGGUGGACCUCACGAUGCACGACGGCACCGUCAGGGACCUGUGCUUCCUCGAAGACGCGUCGAACAAGUCGAGCCUGCUGAUCAGCGGCGGCGCGGGCGACUGCAAGAUCUACGUGACCGACUGCGCCACGGGAACGCCGUUCCAGGCGCUCAGCGGCCACACGGGGCACGUCUUGUCGCUGUACACGUGGGGAGGGGCGAUGUUCGUCAGCGGCUCGCACGACAAGACCGUCCGGUUUUGGGACCUGAGGACGAGAGGAUGCGUGAACAUGGUCACCCCGCAAACGGUACCGGGCACCAAGCAGGGCUCCCCCGUUGCCAGCUUGUGCGUGGACCCGUCCGGCAGGUUGCUGGUGUCGGGGCACGAGGACAGUUCGUGCGUCUUGUACGACAUCAGGGGCGGCAGGAACGUGCAGUGCUUCAAACCGCACUCGUCUGACGUCAGGUCGAUACGUUUCUCGCCCUCCGCCUACUAUCUGCUCUCCGCCGGCUACGACAACAAGCUGGUCCUCACCGAUUUGCAAGGGGAUCUCACUCUACCACUUCCCAGUGUGGUGGUGGCUCAGCACGCCGACAAGGCCAUUUCCGGUCGCUGGCACCCGUCGGAAUUCUCAUUUUUAUCCACUUCGGCCGACAAAACGGCCACCUUGUGGGCCCUACCGCCCAUUUAAACGCAAAAUAACAAUUCGUACGUUUAGUGUUUUUUUAUCGAUAAGUCUGAACUAAUCAAUACUCAUUUCGAACAAACGCGAAGCGCCAGGUCAGAGGUGACGUCUGCGCAUGUCAAAUGUGCCUAGUGACGGUUUAUCAACCCUGUUGCUAAGAGUGAAGUUGGCGUUUUUGUUUUUUUUGUAUUGAGGCUUUUUCGCGAACUUUUAGUAAAAAUCGGUGCUUCUUUCAAGUAAAAAUAUACUAAAUUAUUAUUUACGCCGAAAAUGCCCAAUACUCUUAACUUUUUAUCACUAAAAUAAUCUAAUUUGUUUUUUUAUUUGUAAUAAUUUUUCACAAAAAAAUAAUAAAUAAAUAUAGGAUUGUCUGUUAGCCUUAAGGCUUAGUAAAAGGAAAAUAGCUUCAUGUUACAUUUGACCAAAAAUAUUUACGUUUUGUAGUGUUGCACAGUUUAAAAUCAAUAUUUUCGGCUGUUUUUAAAUGUUACAAAAAAAUCAUGUUAUACUUAAUGCCUUGUUAGUGUUAUAUAAGAAUUAAUAUAUGAACCUACUGUAAUAACUGUAUAUAUUUAAACAUAUUUUUAAAGCUUUGUAUAAAAAAUAAAAUCCCCAACUAAUUUGUAUGCAUUAUUAUUAUUAUGUAUUAAUUAAUGUUACACAAAAAUAUGUACAUGUAUCUUAACUUUUAAUAUUUAUGUGCGUUUUUUAAUUUCAAUUUAAAUAAAGUUAUUAUACCUAGUAA